AUGCCAUAUGCAAAUCAACCAACUGUGCAUGUGACUGAUUUAACUGAAGAGAAUAUAAAAUUUGUUAUUGAAAAUACUGAUUUAAGUGUAGCUAAUGCAAUACGUCGUUGUAUGAUUGCUGAAACACCAACAAUAGCAAUUGAUUCAGUACAAAUUGAUUCAAAUACAACAGUUUUAUUUGAUGAAUUUCUUGCACAUCGUAUUGGUUUAAUUCCAUUAUAUAGUGAAGAACUUGUUGAUAAAAUGACUUAUCAUCGUGAUUGUUCAUGUGAAGGUUUUUGUCCACAAUGUUCAGUUGAAUUUACACUUGAUGUACGUAAUAGAGAAGAACAAACAAGAAAUGUUACAUCAGUUGAUCUUGUCACAAGUAAUCCACAUUUAGUACCAGUAACUUCAAAAGCAAAAAAUGAUGAUGAAGGACAAGAUCAUUUUAUUGAACACAUUCUUAUUGUUAAACUUCGACAGGGCCAAGAACUUCGUUUAAAAGCUCAUGCACGAAAAGGUUUUGGCAAAGAACAUGCAAAAUGGAUUCCAACUUGUGGUGUUUCAUUUGAAUAUGAUCCUGAUAAUGCACUUCGUCAUACUAUUUAUCCAGUUCCAGAAGAAUGGCCACAUUCCGAACAUUCUGAAUUAGCUGAACAAGAGCAUGAAGCAGCAUUUGAUGCUAAUAAAGUUCCAAAUAAAUUUUAUUUUAAUGUUGAAUCUACUGGUGCACUGAAACCUGAAACGAUUCUCUUAUCUUGUUUAAAUGUUCUUAAACAAAAAUUGAGUAAUUUACAAACAUUACUUAAACAUGAAACAUUAGAAGGAAUGUAA